UGUGUGAUUCAUUCAACUGCUUUUUGAAAAGUGGGAAAAACUUGUCGGCUAGUGAUGGAUUCCACGCCAAUCUUUUUUUCCUUCACCCCACCCCACCCCUCCCCUCCCCUCAUCUUAUUCAGAUGUUUCUUCUCUAAGACUAACUAAUCACCAUAUUCCUGUGAUCUGCCAUUUUUCCACCUUCACUUUGCACAGGCAUGCUAAUUCUUGCUGUUUUUUCCUUUAAAGAUUACUUCUUUACAUGUUUUUAGUUUCUUGGAUUAAUCUGUGUCUUAAUUUGGGAAAUGCUAUAUAGUAAAGAAGUGCCUGAAAAAGGAGGGAAAGAUCUUUUUUUAGAAAUAUUGUGGCGCAUAAACAGAAGGUUUGAUUGAUUAAUUAGUUCUACUUUCUCUGCUUAAUGAAUUUCUGUACAGGAAGUUGAAGGAUACCUGUAUACAUCAUCAGCUAUGGGUUCUGGAGAAUGGUUUAAGAAGAUAAUCAAUUUGAAAAAAGAAAAAGACAGGAGAGGCAAAAAGGGAUUUAAAGGGACAACUUGGAGCAAACGCAACAAUUACCUUCUCAUGAAGGAGCCUCCUAACAUAGGAAAUGGCAUUUCAGAUUUAAACGUCAAGGCUCUUAGUAUGCCAGUUGAACAUAUAGCCGCAAUACGGAUCCAGAAAGCAUUCAGAGGACACAUGGCGAGAAAAACAUUACACCGCUUAAAAGUGGUAGCUAAAAUAAAGAUCCUCACUGAUGGAAAUCCAGUAAAAAGGCAAACCUUAACAACUUUGAGGUAUCUCCACAACUGGGCCCAAAUGCAAGCAGAGAUUAGAGGUCGACGUGCUUGCAUGGUAGUGGAGGGUCUACUCCGGCAAAAGAAGCUUGAGAAUCAGUCAAAGCUCGAGGCAAAGCUUCAGAAUUUAGAGGUGGAGUGGAGCAACAGCCCGGAAACGAAGGAGGAAGCUCUUGCGAGAAUUCAUCAAAGAGAAGACGCUGCGGUGAAGCGAGAGCGCGCCUUGUCCUAUGCCUUUUCUCAUCAAUGGAGGGCAAACUCAAAUACUAUGCAUGGAUGGAAUAACGUCUUACUCGGGCAGGCCGCUAAUUGGGACUGGAGCUGGACGGAUCGUUGGAUUGCUUCCCGGCCAUGGGAAAGCAGAAAAGGCCCUAAUAAGCUGAGAAGUAACAAGUCACUUAAGAGCCCAAAUGUGCCUGUUCAUGGGAAAGUAACUACAAAACCCCGCAGGCUAUCUAUUGAGUCAGGCCAGGAGCUUGCAGCCAUGAGAACCUCCCAACCUUGAGUUCUUCUGAAAACAGAGCCCUAUCUUUUUGGUGAUUGUUUUUUUUAAGUAUACUUGCAACCACUUUUGAGUUAUACAAAAGUAUAUUGUGAAUAACCAUAGAGAAAAUUAUUUAAUUGGUAGGAGUAUCCAUCAUUAUAUAAGUGUUUCCUUCUUAAAAAUGCUUUAAUUUACUCACCCACGUUUUGUAACACUUUUACGGAGUAUUUUUUUAUGCUAGCUUUUAAUAGAACCACAAGUCUUAGUUUGAAUGUUUGAUGGUAAUUUGGAGUAGUGGAACAUGUUACCCUAAUAUGGGGCUUCAUAGACG